AUUCCAUUGUUUUCUUGAAAAUAUUUGUUUCUUUCGAGUCUGUAAUAACUGCUGAUCUCUUGUUUUAGCGAUGGAAAAAGCAAAUUCAAUUGAUGUUGCUGAUGAUUCUGAAACACCAAGGUCAACUUUGUCUCGGGUUUUUUCUAUGGAUGAUCUCUCAGGUUCCAUUCGGGAUCUUUCUUUACAUAAUUUCCCAGGAUCUUACACUGAAUCAUCACCAAGAACUCAAGAAGCUAGUACUGAUAAUCAAGAAACUCGGUCGGAGAACUCAAAAACCCCAAUUCCAACACCAUUGUACAACAAUGUUGACAUCUGGGCACUCAAUAUAUCAACAAACAAUGGUCUAGGUUCUAACUGUUGUUAUUUCUCGCAGAAUCAAGAACGUUUUCGUAACGAUAAUGGCGAGGUUAAGUUAGAAGGCGAGCGUCUGAUUAGGUAUGCUACGACUGUACAGGGUUCAAGAAACCUUCAGAAUUUGUUGUCAUCCACCGAACUCUAUUCUACAACUGAAAUUCUUUAUUUUACAAGUGAUAUACUUAGUAGUGUUCUAGCUUUAGUUCAUGACUUGCCUGUAAUCUACUAUCUGAUGUUUCAUCAACAGGGAUGUUAUGUCUGCUCAAAGCUAAUUGAUGCCUGCAAUCCCCAACAAUUGCAACUGAUUCUGCUGACGAUAACCCGUAACCCGAAUCUGUUUGUUGAAAUUUGUUGUGAUAUUCAUGGUGUGAAGAUGAUUAAGAAGUUGAUAAAGAGAGUAAAGAACACAUCCUUUAUAUAUUAUCUGACAGACAUUUUAUUUAUGAGAUUUAAUCAGCUGAUGAUCAAUCAAGUCGGAUCAUAUGUUAUCAUCUCUUGCUUGGAUUGUCUGAAUGUUGAACAGAACAGUUUACUGUACGGAGCUGUUAUCGAUAAUUGUCUUCUCCUGUCGACAAAUAAAAUAGGCUGCAUAUCCGUAAACUAUUUCAUCGACAGAAUCCAAGGUUCGCAAAGGCAAAUCCUGCUUGAACUGAUCGCCUACAAUGCAGUUUUUCUUUCACAGGAUCCUUCGGGUACUCAUGUUGUGCAGAAAGUUUUAGGACUUGAAAAUCCAAUUUACAGUGCAAUUACAGGAGCUACUUUAAGAGGUCACUAUGUGACGCUAUCUAUACAAAAAUGGGGAAGUCAUGUGGUCGAAAAAUGCUUGUCGUCGCAGGCUUCCGUGAUUUACGUAGUUGAGGAUUUACUAAGGUGCAGCGCGAACCAACUGUUGCAAAUUGCGAGAGAUCGAUUUGGUAACUUUGUGAUCCAGAAAGCUUUGAAAGCUACUAAGAAAGGGAAUAGUGGUCUCCACCUGAAACUUUUGAAAAGGCUCGAACCGUCGCUCGGGGUUCUGCACUAUGGAUAUGGGAAGAAUGUCUACAGUUUGAUCAUCCGGGGAGUUCCAAUUAAUGACAUUAUAUAGUUGGUUUUGCAUAUUUUUGAGUUCUUUUUUGGGUAUUGUUAGUUGUGUAAAGUUAUAGGCAUAUUUCUGGUUUUGUAGGUACUCUGUUUUUUCUG